AUGCGCACUUCUUCGAGAACAUCGGGCAUGGAGGAUCAAUGGACUGGUGACGCCGGGCAGGCCCCGUCACCCUUAGAUGUAGAUGCCUCACGCGAGUCCUCAGUACUCCGAUUAUUCAAAUUCGCCCGAAUCAAAGAGACAUGGAGGAUCCAUACGCUCCAGCAAUCCCCGGGAAGGACGCCGAUCGAUACCGAGUCCGCAUGGCAUCCCGACUCAUCCCAUCUCAUGUCAUCCUCGGGGUUCAAUGACUCCUCCGAGGGGCUGAGGAGCAAACCCAUGAAACCAAAGGUUCACAUCAAACCAAUGCUUCGGAAAAUGUCACGCGAUGAUGCGCCGUCCACUUCGAUCGACCUGUCCCGAUCCUCGACUGAGCAAGAGGGACUGGGCAUCUACAUGAACUUCGAAAGAGAUCGCCGUCGCAGUGAAUCUCUAACUGGCGUAACCUACCGCAGAACUCCUUCCGGCCUCCACCAUAGGUCCACGAGCGGGACAUCUCAGCUUUCUUCGGCGACCGGAUCGAGUGGAGGUAAGCCAGCCGCGUCGCAAUACGUUUAUCCGAUGCGCCCAACCCCGAGAGCAUACACCCCACCAUUGAGUCAAUCGUACCAAACAUCGCCCAGUGAUAGCGACGGCGAGGAUGAUGGCUUAGAGGCGGAGUCUCGAACGGAGUCUCGAAACGGAGUCUCGGACACCUUCGGUGAUGGAGACCCAUCGUACACAUCGUGCUUCCUCGGGGCCAAUGCCUCGGCUCUCAUUGCAGAUCGAAGACGACUCCCUGACUCGUCUUUCUGGGAUCUCGCAGACAAACAUUUCGAGCCGACCAUCAUUUGGUUAUUCCCGCGACAAUGGAAGCACGUUGGAUACGGCGUCUCCUACUUCUCGUCCGUCUCUCGAUUUUGUUUUCCGGUCUCGGACGAGGACCAGCACCGACCCGCCACGGUUCAGGCUGCCAGACAAGCCUUCGAGGCAAAGGAGGCUGCCAAAAACCGACGCCUCGAGAAACAGCAGAUAAAGGCCGAAGAAAGGCAAACUCGACGCCGUGUGAAGCGUACACAGUCGGCGGGGCCGGGGCCGGUGCCUGAGUCACCGGCGUUUCAGUUGGGUGAAGAGGUCUCCGAGAAAACCGGGAACACGAAUUCAAAUGAGCGAGAGCCCCAGCCUAAGACUUCAAAGUCAGAGGGGCAGCCAUCCGAUUCAUGGAAAUCGCAAUCCAAAAGCACGUGGGUGCUUUUCAUGACUUGGCUUCGGACUCGAGUGUUCAAGUUUCGGCGAAAGCUGAAGAAGGUCAAUUGA